CCUCGGGGGGGGGGGCUAGUGGUAGAUAUUUUUAUCUGCUGAGCCAAUGGGAGUCCUCCAAAUCCCAGCUGACAGCACUGAUUGGGUGAAGCUCCUGUCUGUCAUUGCAGUGUGCAGGCGGUUGUCAUCUGUCACCUGAGUGUCACUCCAAGUGCAACAGAGGAGAAACCUGCUGCUGCACGAAGUACAGAUUCACAAGCUGUACAGUGAUGACUGAGAUGUCAGUGGUCUAAACUCAAAGAAGCAGCUGGUGUUGUGCAGUAAAGGAACCAUCACCUGCUUUAUCCGUGAUAAUCACAUAACAUCAUGAAGGGCACUCACACCACCUUGCCCCUCUACAUCCCCAUCAGCGAGAGGACCUGUGUGAGUCCAUCCCUCUCCCUCUGCAGGGGCCCAGCUUCCCCCUCUAAUGCCCCUCUCAGCUACCACCCAGGACUAAGUGCAAAAUGCAAGGAGGAGGGUCCAGCUGAGACAGUAAAGCUGGGUCAAGCAGACAAAUACGGCCUUACAGACUUUAAAGAAACCCUUAAAGCAUUGGAUGACUCCUCUAAGAUCCACUGGCUGACAGAGUUGUUACUGCUGUAUUCAGAGUGCCAGGCUUUCAUGAACAUGGGCAACCAACAGGGAAUGAGGAUUAAACCGAACUUUCAUAGACAUGCAGAGAGCUGGAACACAUUACCAAAAUCUCCCAGAUUCCAGAUCCCUCGGAAGAGAAGGAGAAGAACGGAGGGGCUAGUUUAUGCUGGAACCCUCCAGCAUAACCUCAAGAUGACACCCGGGACUCCACGGGUGCCUACAAAAGCUAGAAGGCUAACAAAGCUCCGGAUAACGAGCUCUCCUAUGUUUGGGGACUCAGAGGAAGAGAGGGCCUUCAUUUGUACUCCUGCUGCAAGGAGAAAGAGAGUUUUGGGGAAAGAAAGAGAAGAGAGAAGUGCUUCAAAGUUUGAAGAGAGGAAGAGGAGUCCACAGGGCUCAUGGAGAGGGAAGCUGUCUGUGCCCUCCUCUGCAGAUUUUCCCAAAUGUUUCAGCAAAAAAGGCCCUUUCUGUCACAGAGAGGAUUUAUCUGUAAAGGGAGAAUGUGCUCCUGCUGACUCAGAUACUGACCUUUCUGAAUAUGACAACGACGUGUACUCAAUGUAUAUGUCCCCCACUAGUUUUGAGCCACAAAGGAGGACAGAGGACAGUGAUGUGAAAACUCCAAAAGCCCAGAUCACCCAGGCAGCAAGAGAAAAACAUGAGGAAGAAAAAGCAGAAGGUAUAGCAGAAACAGCCUCUCAGCAGAGUUUCGAUGAGAUGGGGAAGAGGGCUGCAGAACGACGAGUCAUGGGCAAGAUUGAGGAGGUGGAAGGGAUCAUACAACGGGUGAGUCUGUCCAGUUCGGACUGGAUCAAAGGAGGCAGCAAAGGGGGAGAUGAAACUCAGUCCAUCUCAGAUGGAUGUCUGGGUGACGGGGUCACAUUAGAAGGUUUGCAGCAGCUCCAAAUCCUGCAGCAGAGAUGCGAGGCUGAAUUCAGUGCUGAUCCCCAGUUGGAGACCCAGGACAAGGGGUGCAAUGAAGACAAGCCUCCGCUGGUCGAGGAGCUUCGUGCCCUGGGUGAAGCCCUGAGCCAGAGUCUACACCAGGCCCUGAGGAUGGAGCGAGCGAGAAAAGACUGGAGGCCGGCAAAAGCACAGAGUGAACUCUUCAAAGAGGCCAAGAAGAGCCUCUUGGGAUCAUCAAGAAGGCCUCUGAAUCUACCAUCAUACCCUCACCGCUGUUCAACAGUGCCAAACAAUUCCUCAUCAACCUCUCUGUCAACUAGUGCUGCAAUCACCCCUAUGCCAUCGCCAUCUCUGUCCGCAAUCCUGGAUGUUUCCUCGAAAAGAUCUUACAGCUUUGAAGGCAUGUCCCCAAACCAUUCACCUCUGUUUACAUCCAGUCUGAGCCUGACUGAUCAGCAAGAAGAAGAAAUCUCUGAUCAUCAUAUAGAGUGGACAAGAUCAGUAGGAGACAGUUCGUUCCCUUGGGGGUCUGGAAGUGCCACCACAUUCAUGGGUGGGACAGAAAAUGAUCAGAGUAAGAGGGGGGAAAACUUGGCUCAGGAGAACCUGAAUCAGACGCAGACAGACAGAUGCAUCCGUGAGACAGAGGCCAGUGAGGAUUAUCUGCUUUCUUCAGAUGAGGCUCUGCAGAGACAGGAGGAGAUCUGGCAGCAGGAAGUGGAGGAGUCUCUCUCCUUCUGCAGGUCACUUUCUCAUCCAUCCAGACCGAAACACGUUGACUUCUUGCGCAUCACUGCCCCCGAGGAUGACAUCACCGACACACCCACAACCACGCCCGUCCCCCCAGAGUUUAGGUCAGAAGCGUCCACCCCAGGAGAGGGAGAAGAACGAACUCCUGGUCGUCUGCAAGCCGUCUGGCCACCGCUCAAGGAGGAAAAAGUUGGCCUGAAGUAUACAGAAGCAGAGCACCAGGCUGCUCUGCUGCAGCUGAAGAGAGAAUGCAAAGAGGAGCUGGAGAAGUUACAGGAGGAUUAUGGCCAGGAACUCUCCAGACUAAGGGUGGAAAACGAGGACAAUGUCGCCCGCCUGAACUUCACCCUGACAGAGCUGCAGGCCAAGCUCUCCCUGGUUGGGAGCCUUCAUCGUGGAGAACCUAAAGACGUUGCUGUAUCCACAGGAGACGACUUUUUACACAAAUCAUUCCGCACUGUCUGCAUCCAGACGGACAGAGAGACCUUUGUCAAGACUCCUGAGGAUGGAGAGGGGACGGGGAGAGUAUGCAUGAGCCCUCAGCAGCAGAAAGUGACCCCCAAAAAGCUAGACCUGGCUUCCAUCAGCUUGAGUCUGGCCGGCCAGCGCGAGGACACAGUGUCCUCCUUUUCAUCAUCACACCCUCCUUCCCAAACUCCUGCUCCUCCUGGACUGCCGCUACCUCUGUCGGAACAACAACCAACACCAGCUGCCCCUCCUCAGACCACGCUACCAACCAAAACAGACAAUCUGCUCCCUCCUCCACCCCCUCUGCCAUCAUCAACCUUGAACCACAUGCAGCCAUCAAAUAACCCUCCACCACCACCUCCACCACCACCACCUCCUCCACCACCUGUGCCAUGUUUGUCAUCAACCCUGAACCACAUGCAGCCUUCAAGUAACCCUCCACCACCACCUCCACCACCACCUCCAUCCAUGCCAGGUUUAGCUCCCCCACCACCUCCACCACCACCACCAUCCAUGCCAGGUUUAGCUCCCCCACCCCCUCCUCUAGCUGGGGGUUUCUUCAUGGAUAAACCUCCCAGGAAACCUGCAGUGGAGCCUUCACGACCCAUGAAGCCUCUAUACUGGACCAGAAUCCAGAUCCAGGGCAACAAUAACAAGACACUGUGGAACAUUCUGGAGGAACCGCAUAUAAUUAAUGCCGUUGAGUUUGAGGAUCUCUUCGCCAAAACCACCACAAAGACUAAGAGGAAGCCACUGUCAGAGGCGUAUGAGAAGAAAGCCAAAGCCAAGAAGCUCAUUAAGCUGCUGGAGGGUAAGCGUUCUCAGGCUGUGGGAAUCCUCAUAUCAAGCCUCCACCUGGAGAUGAAAGAUAUACAGCAAGCUGUACUGACUGUGGAUCACUCUGUGGUGGACCUGGAGACCAUUGAAGCGUUAUAUGAAAAUCGGGCUCAGCCAGACGAGCUGGAGAGGAUCAAGAAACACUACGAGACCUCAGAGGAAGAGGAAGUUAAACUGCUGGACAAACCUGAACAGUUCCUGUAUGAGCUCUCUCAGAUCCCAGACUUCGCAGGCAGAGCUCACUGCAUCAUCUUCCAGGCAACAUUCAUCGACGGGAUCGCAUCCAUCCAACGCAAGCUCAACACAGUCUCCUCUGUCUGUAAAGCUCUGCUGGAGCGCGACGAUGUGAGGGAGGUAAUGGGACUGGUGUUGGCUCUGGGGAAUCACAUGAACGGUGGCAGCAGGACCAGAGGGCAGGCUGAUGGCUUUGGCCUGGACAUCCUCCCGAAACUCAAGGAUGUCAAGAGCAGGGACAAUCGCAUCAGCCUGGUGGACUACGUGGUGUCGUACUACCUGCACAAUGUGGACAAGAAUGCCGGCACAGACAAGAGCAUGUUCCCCCUUCCUGAACCUCAGGACGUCUUCCUGGCAGCGCAGGUUGAGUUUGAUGACCUCAGCAGAGACCUGAGACUGCUUGGACGAGAUCUGACAAGGUGUGAAAAGGAUGUACAGAGGGUUUGCUCUGACUCUCCUGAAGAACACCUGCAGCCGUUUAAGGACAAGAUGGAGGCUUUUGUUCUCAGUGCACGAAAAGAACACGCUGAUGCUUCCUAUGAGUUGAUGACUGCACAAAAAAGUUUUCAGGACUUGGUUCUGUACUUUGGACUGAGGCCUAAGACGGGAGACAAGGAGGUGACAGCUGGUCAUUUCUUCAUGCUCUGGUUCGAGUUUUGCGCUGACUUCAAGACCAGGUGGAAGAGGGAGAACAAGAACAUCUCUAAUGAGAGGUUAAAAGAAGCUCAGCUUUCCGUAAAGAGGAUCACAGGAGAGAAGAAAGUUGAGACCAGAAAGAUUAACCCCAACAGUCUGAAAGAGCGACUGCGCCAGAAAGAAGCCAGCAUGUCCUCAACUUAAACUCAGGAGGUAUAAAUCUGUAACAUUAGGAGGAUCAUACAGUAACAAUAAUACAACAAUCCUCGCCAACAUUUCCUCCGUGGACACAACAUAAACCUUUUAUAUUUUUAAUAUGUUCAUGGACUAAUGCCAUCUAUUAACUGGCAGCUUUAUGUUAUAUAAUUUACCACCCAAAAAUGUAUUUAAAUUAUAAAGACUGAAAAGAAAUCUUUUGUGCAAUAUGUAGACAUUAGUGAUAGUUUCAACUGUGUAUAGAUUCUUACAUUUUGCAUUGAUUCUGACAUGUGUAGUCUAAGAUUUUGCAAUAUUUUUCCACAAAUAAAA